CCGACACAGUCACCAUCGUUAGUAUCUCCUGAUUCUAGUCCGAUCUCGUUCUGAGCCUCCCCUAACUUUGGUCAUAUCGAAACACCUCCAAUCGCGUGUUUCUAUAUCAACCCUCCCUCGUCAACCGACACGAGUGAUUGCGCGAGAACGAAACCCAACGAAACACAUAUUCGAGUAACUUCACCAUGGCUGAUGCCCCUGCUGAGCAAGCUGCUGCCCCCCCUCCCGCCGAACAGGCUCCCGCCGUUAGUGGUGAAGCCGUCGAGGGCGGAGAGGCUGGCCCCUCAAAGAAGGCAUUGAAGAAGGCUGAGGCGAAGGCUAAGAAGGAAGCUGAGAAGGCACGCCGAGCUGCUGAACACGAAGCCCGACAGUCUGCUGCAAAGGCUGCUGCUGGAAAUACCGAAGACCUCGCUAAAGACAACUAUGGAGAUUCCACUCAUCUUACCAAGAUCGAUGCGGAGCGAGUCAAGCUCCGAAACCUGAGCGAUGAGCAUCUCGGCAAGACCAUCAAGCUUCGUGCGUGGAUCCAGAAUGCGCGCAUGCAAGGUGCUAAGAUGGCCUUUGUUGAGCUUCGCGAGGAGCGUGACUGGGCUAUCCAGGGCGUCGUCGCGGCCAGCAGUGAAGGCACACCUGUCUCUAAGCAGAUGGUCAAGUGGAUCGGUAGUCUAAAUCUAGAAGGCUACAUUCUUGUCGAAGCUAAGGUUGUGAAGCCCCAAGAGCCAGUCAAGAGCGUGAAGGUCUCCAAUUACGAGCUACAUAUCUCUAAGUGCUACGUAAUCAGCCCUGGCCCUCAAGUUCUUGGCAUGGGUCUUGCUGUUGCCAACCGGCCUGUUACCAACUUUGACGAUGAAGACGCUGGUGGCCCUGUCGAGGAGGUCAAGGAAGGCGUUGACAAUUUAAGCCUUGAGAACGUCCCUGGUGCCAGCAUGGCAACUCAUUUGAACAACCCCGUUAUGCACAAGCGAGCUCCUGUUCAGCAAGCCAUAGCCGAUGUACGACUGGCCGUUCGCAAGCUGUUUGUCGAGUACCUUGAAGCUCGCGACUUUGUCCAAUUUGAGGCGCCUUGCCUCAUUGGAGCUGCCUCUGAAGGAGGAUCCAACGUGUUCGGCAUGCCCUACUUUGACAAGCAGGCUUACUUGGCCCAAUCUCCCCAAUUCUACAAGCAAUACGAGAUUGCUGGUGGCCGGAAGCGUGUUCUGUGCAUCGGGCCUGUAUUUCGAGCUGAGAACUCUAACACCCCUAGACACAUGACAGAAUUCACCGGUCUUGAUCUUGAGAUGGAAAUCGAGGACCAUUACCACGAGGUCCGCGACAUGCUCGAGGGGGUUCUUCUUCAUAUCUUCCGAGGGCUUCAGGAGCGAUGUGCCGAGCAGAUUGCUCUUGUUCGAACGGUUUACCCUUCUGAGGACUUUCUUUUGCCCAAGCCCGGUAAGGAGGUUCGCCUUACAUUCGCUGAGGGUCAGGCACUCCUUAGAGCUGAGGGUCCGGAGGAGUACCGCAACGUCUCUGAUGAAGAGGACAUGAGUACACCGCAAGAGAAGGCACUAGGCGCUCUUAUCCGGGAAAAGUACAGCACCGACUUCUACGUCCUUGACAAGUUCCCCGAGGGUGCUCGACCUUUCUAUGCCCUGGAGGACCCCGAGAAUCCCAAGGUUACUAAUGCCUUCGAUUUCUUUAUGCGUGGGCAAGAGAUUCUAUCUGGUGGUCAACGUAUUCACGUUCCGGAGACUCUGGAAGCACGAAUUCGUACAAAGGGUAUCGACCCUAAAAGCCAAGGCAUCAAGGAGUAUGUCGACAUUUUCCGCAGUGCCGGUGUUCCCCCUCACGGCGGCGGUGGUAUUGGCUUGGACCGUGUGGUUGCGUGGUAUUUGAACCUUCCAAGCGUGCACUUGGCAAGCUAUUAUCCUCGUACACCCAAGAGACUCUUGCCUUAAGAAGUUGAAAGGACCUAGAAGUUGUAGGAUUUCUAGAAUGUGAGAACUACUAAAAUACAGAUGAGAAAGGGAAACUGGAGAACAAGAGACAAGACUACAGACAGUUCCGGGGAUUAUGACAAAAACAAGAUUUGAAUAUUCCAGCCAAGAAGUUCCCCGUUUGUGUAAACCAGGUCAAAACGGAAUUGUAUUGUAAGCUGGUGAUGACUCCUUUGUAUUAAACACAAUGUAACGAGUGAAGUUGUGAGUUAGAAUAAACAAACAUAUCCAGAACGUCAACAUCAAAGACUCGUGAGAUUAAAGUGUUCCAGGUAUGAGAUAGGCUGGGUUGGUCUGCUGAAAAGAAGCAACUCCGCAAAUGGAUCAAUUG